CGCCACCGCAUCGCUCGACACGACACGGCUCACCUUAUCGUCGUCGUCGCCCGAUGGCCGCGCCCGCAGCUUCGCCGCCGACGCCGCCGCCCGCCAUGUCCAGCCUCCUCUCCUUCGCCUCGUACCACCCCUACCCGUCCCUCCCCGCGCACAGGCCCGCUUCCUCCCCCAGGCCGCGCCUCCGCAUCGCGGGCUCCGCCUCCGCCGCGGCGGCGGCGGCCCCCAACAACGCCGUGUCCCACCGGGCAUCCUCCUCCUCCUCCGGGGACCGCCUGCGCGCGCUCGUCCGCCGGGGGGAGCUCGACGAGGCGCUCCGGCUCGUGGAGUCCUCGCGGGGACUCGAGGGGGGCACCUGCGCCGCGCUCAUCAAGAAGCUCUGCGCGUCGGGGCGCACCGCGGAGGCCCGCCGCGUGCUGGCCGCGUGCGACCCCGACGUCAUGGCGUACAACUCCAUGGUAGCGGGCUACUGCGGCGCCGGGCAGCUCGACGCCGCGAGGCGGCUCGUCGCGGAGAUGCCCAUGGAGCCCGACGCCUACACAUACAACACGCUCAUCCGCGGACUCUGCGGUCGCGGCCGGACAGCGAACGCCCUGGCGGUGCUCGACGAUAUGCUCCGCCGGCGCUGCGUGCCGGACGUGGUCACCUACACCAUCCUGCUCGAGGCCACGUGCAAGAGGAACGGGUACAAGCAGGCCAUGAAGCUUCUCGACGAGAUGCGCGCCAAGGGCUGCACCCCAGACAUCGUCACCUAUAAUGUCGUUGUGAAUGGCAUCUGCCAAGAAGGACGGGUUGACGAUGCCAUGGAAUUCUUGAAGAACCUCCCGUCGUAUGGCUGUGAUCCAAACACAGUUAGCUACAACAUUGUGUUGAAAGGCCUGUGUACUGCGGAGCGAUGGGAGGAUGCUGAAGUGCUCAUGGCAGAGAUGGGCCAGAAGGGCUGCCCUCCAAAUGUGGUAACUUUUAAUAUGCUCAUCAGUUUCUUAUGCCGGAAAGGAUUGGUUGAGCCGGCGAUGGAAGUUCUUGAGCAGAUCCCCAAGUAUGGAUGCACACCUAAUUCACUGAGUUACAACCCACUUCUUCACGCAUUCUGCAAGCAAAAGAAGAUGGAUAAAGCGAUGGCAUUUUUAGAUUUAAUGGUGUCAAGAGGCUGUUAUCCAGACAUCGUUUCAUACAACACUCUGCUUACUGCACUCUGCCGCAGUGGUGAGGUUGAUGUUGCUAUUGAAUUGCUUCAUCAACUCAAGGAUAAGGGCUGCACUCCUGUCUUGAUUAGUUAUAACACAGUCAUCGAUGGCCUUACUAAGGCUGGGAAGACAAAAGAAGCAUUGGAGCUGCUUAAUGAGAUGGUCAGCAAAGGGCUCCAGCCAGAUAUUAUCACAUACUCGACAAUAGCUUCUGGUCUUUGUAGAGAAGAUAGAAUUGAAGAUGCAAUUGGAGCAUUUUGUAAAGUGCAAGAUAUGGGCAUACGGCCCAACACUGUGCUGUACAAUGCGAUACUUCUUGGACUUUGCAAAAGGCGUGAAACACACGGUGCUAUCGACCUUUUUGUUUGCAUGAUAGGGAAUGGCUGCAUGCCGAAUGAAUCAACGUACACCAUAUUGAUUGAAGGUUUGGCUUACGAGGGAUUAAUCAAGGAGGCACGUGAAUUGCUGGAUGAGUUGUGUUCUAGAGGAGUCAUGAGGAAGAGAUUGGUAAAUAAGGGAGCCAUUAGAUUGCUUGAUUGAACUGCAAAUACGUAUAAAGGGAUAAUAUCAGUAUCGAGGGCUGAGACUAAUAUUCUAUGCAUCUUCGGUAGUAGAGGAGAUUUUACUGGAUGUUCAUUAAAUGGUAUCUUAAUUGAUGUUGCUUUCUUGACAACAUUCAUGCAGUGACAGAUACUAAUGGAAGGCCUUUGUCAGAUUGCCACCAUCAAGUACUUGAACAAACAGUGAUUCUGAGCCUCACUGUCGAGCAAGCCUGAUUUGUAAUAUAUGCAAGGCACUGAUUAGCUUGUAAGUUGUGAAUCUUGCAUAUAAAUUUGUAAUGAUUCCAGGCUCACCUGGUAUUAUGCUACACUUCUCUAGUUAAUAGUUUCUCCUGCGUCAAAUCAAAUGAAUUUUUGUUUAGGCAUAACCAUUUAUCUUAUGAGCAAUAUUUCCAUCAUUGAAAAAGUAUU